AUGUCUAAGAAAGUAACUGUAAAUUCAAUAGAAUCUUUAAUUUCUGUUAUCUGUAGAGUGCUCCCUCCUUCAUCUAAAGAGGAUUUAAAAGUUAUAAAUAAACUAAAACUAUUCUUAGAAAAUAAUACUACGAUAGAAAAAGACACUAAGAAGACGGAACUUACUGAUAUAUUAUUUAAUAAAACAUUAGAUAUCUCUUAUAUGAGAAAGGAUAUGUGUAAAGAAGUUCAAGAAGAAUAUAAAAACUGGAUUGAAAAUGCUAUGAAACUUCUUGCGUGUCAUGAAGAAGAAAAUUUACAAAUAAAUGACAAAUAUAAAGAUUCAGUGUCUACAAAUGAUUUAGAAGACAUAAAAAAACUUAAUGAAGAAUGUCUGCUACUUUUAAAUAGAAUGAACAAUAUGUUAGUAGAACAUAAAAAUAUAGUAAAUAGUGGAAAAGGAAUUGUAAAGUAUUUUAGGUCUUUGUAA